AUGGAUCUUGCACCGCUUUCAAGUCUCCCUCAAAACACAAGUGCUCGUGUCCGACGAGAUACGGAAACGGUGCGCAGCACCCCGCAGUACGCCCCGCUUCUUCAUAAGAUUGUUCGCCCUGCUUCGUUGAAGCCAACGAGCCUUUCGGUCAGUUUACUUCUUCCGAUGCUCCCAGACGUGAUCACAUACAUCCGUGACAACCCAGUCCCCGACCCCCUCACAUCCCGCCCAACCAUGGCUGUCCUUGACGACAAGAGCAUACCUCCACCUUACACCGAGCCUGACCAAGAGUCCGGACCGCCGACUGUGGAUUUCGAGCCGCCACCCACACCCGACUCGCGCGCCUCCAAGCUCAUCCUCGAGUUCAACCCCGACUCCGCAUCCGCGAGCACCCAAUCAUUAUCAGGCACAACCGAGGUCGACGACACCAAAACACCGAUGACGGACGCAGAAUGCAAAGCCGCGCUGAAGAAGCUCGACUCCCGCAUCCGCAAAUACAACUGGGGCAACCGCUCCACCCCCGUAGAACGCUCCAUCGUCUCUUCCAUGCGCAACCUCUCAACGCGCCAUCCAGACUCGACAGUGCGCGAGUACUGGGAGAAGCGUGCGGAUGGGUUCGAGAAAGCUCCGGAAGUCGAUAAGGGUGCCAUCUUGAAGGAUAUCGGGCUAGCCGUCGGGAUGCUGCUUGCCGCACCCUUCGCUAUCACAGGCGCCGUGCUGAUGGGAAUGGGACUGCUUCUCAAAGAGUCAGGGAGCUUGCUUAGUGGGGGAAGAUUAGGAGGGAAGAAGUCGAAAUCGGACGCAUAG